AUAGUAUAUAUGUUAUAGUAUUUAUUGCGACAUGAUGAUGUUUUUAGUAUCUAAUGAAACUGGAUUGUAGUGGAAGCCAUCACUACACAUGGACUGAGUUAAAAGACUGGAUUGUAGUGAAAACAUGUUUUAUAACUUUCAAAUUUCAUUUAUUUGGUGUGAACGGAGAUAUACGUAAAGCAAUCAGUUUGAUUGCCCAAUACCGAAACUACUUAUAUAUCUAUAUGAAUCCGCCCCCUUGUUUUCUGUAAGACUUUUUAACAUUACGGAUACGUACCUUCGGUCUCAAGCCAACGUGUUCGUAUAUCCAAAUAAAAACAAAAUAGACUAUAUUAUACGGUCAGUUGCAGAAGAAAGCCUUUCAAAGACUUGAGACGAUAACCGAUAUUGAUAAACGGUACGGUCCACCAUCCAUUCAUACCUUCACGUAAGCCCAUGUGAUAAUAAUUCUAAUUCUAUGUUAAUUUCCCAAAUGACCGUAUAUUUAUAUUAUUACAUUACAUAUCCCAUGUUACCUGUUUCUUGUGACGUGGUAAGUUAACAUUGGUUGAUUUAGUAACCCUUUUUUUUCUUGACUAAUGCGGCGAGUCAUGACCGUACGAUACGGAGGCCUUUCUUCUUCUACGGCUGUGAUUGAAUAUAUAAACAUCUCCACAGUCCACAUGUCACAUGCCAUAACUUAUGCUAUACAUGAAACCUGAUCCAGUGGUUCUCAUAUUCGUUUUUAAUUGUAGAUAAAUCUUAUACUGUAUUAAAUACCCUUAGCCGAAGAACACUAGAAAAGUCUACGAACACUUGCAUGAUUUGUAUUUGUUUCUUUUGCCAUGAUCAAUGACUUAACACUACAUCACAUUUUCCAAUUAAAUUAUUUAUAUAAAUUAUGCAAGUGAACAUGGAUCACAUGCUUUCUUGUUUAAAGAUCAACGUUACUUGCUUAAGGAACUCACAACUGCUUAUCAUAACAUGCGAUUAUGCGAACCGUACAUUUCAUUCAUUUGGAUUUCAUAUAUGCAUAUGAUCAAGCAAUCAUUAGCAUUAUUAUAUAAUUAAAAUAAAGUCAAUGUAUCCAAAUACAAAUAUUUAACUAUACAACUGUAUGUACAAUUACAUAUAAAUAACCUUCGUAGCCGUAUAAUUUUCCUUCAUCCUCACACUUAACUUAAACAAACAAACAAAAAACACAGAAAUACUUUCAAAUCUAAAUAUCUACAAAGAUUUAUUUUUCUCUCUUUGUAAGAAACAAUCAAUGGAUCAUACUAAUAACAAGCUUGUGGCUGCUUUGCUGAUGUUCUUCUCAAGCUUCUUGCUGAUGGGUACGUCAAUGGCUGCUUCCAACUACAAUGUCGUCAACUUCGGUGCUAAACCGGACGGUCGAACCGAUUCAACAAAAGCCUUUCUCAGCGCGUGGAAAGCUGCUUGCCGCUCAGCUGCAAGUGUCACAGUAACGGUCCCUAGAGGGAGCUUCUUGUUAAAACCGGUGGAGUUUCGUGGUCCAUGUCGCAGUAGAAUCACGUUUCUGAUCGAUGGAACGAUUGUAGCUCCUUCAGACUACCGUGGUUUAGGUAAUUCCGGUUAUUGGAUCUUAUUCGUUGAAGUUAACCGGAUCUCGAUCAAUGGAGGAACUUUAGAUGCUAGAGGUGCAUCUUUUUGGGCUUGUCGAAAAUCCGGAAAGAGUUGUCCUGGUGGAGCCAGAUCGAUGACGUUUAACUGGGCAAACGACGUCGUAGUGAGCGGCCUAACGUCAAUAAACAGCCAAGUAACACAUUUAGUGAUAAACAGCUGCAACAAUGUAGUUGUCCGGAAAGUGAAGCUAGUGGCUCCAGACCAAAGUCCCAACACAGAUGGCCUCCACGUCCAAGCGUCUACUGGUGUGACCGUAACCGAUAGCACGUUUCAAACAGGAGAUGACUGUAUCUCUAUCGGUCCGGGAACUCGUAACCUCUACAUGUCUAAACUCAACUGCGGUCCAGGCCAUGGAAUCAGUAUUGGGAGUCUAGGGAGAGAUGCUAAUGAAGCUGGGGUACAGAACAUAACGUUGAUAAACUCUGUUUUUUCGGGUUCGGAUAAUGGUGUUCGGAUCAAGACAUGGGCUAGACAAAGCACAGGUUUUGUGAGAAACAUUUUGUUUCAGAAUCUGGUCAUGAAAAACGUUCAGAAUCCAAUCAUUGUUGAUCAGAAUUAUUGUCCGAAUCAUCAAGGCUGUCCUAAACAGGGUUCUGGUGUGAAGAUUAGUCAGGUCGUGUAUAGAAACAUUCAAGGGACAUCUCGAACACAACAAGCUUUAACGUUUGAUUGCAGUCGCAGUAACCCGUGCCAAGCAAUUAGAUUGCAUGACAUUAAACUAACGUUCAACGGACGGUCGGCUACUUCGACGUGUAAGAAUAUUAAAGGAGUCAAGGCUGGUGUGGUAAUGCCACAAGGUUGUCUUUGAUUUUAUGAAUUCAAAGGGCCACAACAACAACCGUCGUAGGCGCAAGAGUAUUAUGUUGCGUCCGUGAUCUGAGUUGUUCUGUAUUACGUCUAAGUAUGUAUGUAUAUUGUGAAAGUGUAAUUUGUACUUUUUUGGUACAAAUUAAAGUACUAAUAUGAAAUGUUAAAAAUGAAUGAA